AUGGCCAGGGAGCCAGGGAAGAACAAAGAGGUCCUCUCUCUCACUGAAAUACUGUGGCCAUGUGUACUUUUUUUGAUUCUAGCUGCCAUCCGCUUCCAGGAGCCCCCAAAAUACAAGGAAAACUGUUAUUUGGAAGCUCGUGAUUUACCAAGUCGGGGUCUUUAUCCUUUCAUGCAGACCCUAUUCUGUAAUGUUGGUUCAAGAUGUCGGAAUACCAGUUACACAACACAGAGACACAGCCGCUUUAGUGCCGUCCCUCAAAGAGGUCCAGAGAGAGCCACUGCAUCUGAUUUAGACUUCAUGGAAGAGAUAGAAGAACUUGCAAAGGAAUUUAUUGUUACUACAGAGAAAGCCAUGGCCUUAGAAAAGCUAUGGGAAGAAAACUCAAGGGUCUCAGGGCUUCCUAACAUCACAACUUUUCUUACUAUGGAUUUGAAUGAAGCAGAGAAAAUAAUUUCUAGAGCAGAAAAUCUGUACAAACAACCAUAUUUCUGGAACCUUCUGCAUUCACUCCCUCAUCUUGAAAUGAACAGCUUUUAUACAGAAGAUGAGUUAGCUUCCAUAACACAGUUUCUAAAAGUUAUUCAAAAUAUCUUAGCAUCACUGAAAGAUUUAGCUAUGAUGCCACUGGGCCAAAGCUUCUAUGAAGUGGUGAAAAGGGGACUGAAUUUGACUGCUGCAUCAGUACAUGAUAGGAGCUUAAAAGGUUUUCAAUACAAUCUUUCUCUCGGGGAUGUUUUGUCGAAUCUGCUUGCUGUGAAAGCAGAACUUGAAUCUAGGUUUGGUUUUGAUGGCCCUCGUGUUGAGAAGCUGCUAAGUUAUACAGCCCAAUUAACAGCGAUUCCCACAGGAGAGACACUGGAGCAGUUUGUGUGCUCUGCUCUGGCUUUCGUCCCAGAAGAUGAAGCAAACGAAAAGCAUAAUGGAGAGGGCUGUAAUUCUGCACAGCAUGAGGCCAAACUGUAUCUUGUUUCUGAAGUCAGCAAGUUCAAACUCUAUGCACAGAUACUUGACCAAUGGCUUGGCAGCAGCAGUCUCUCUCAGAAUCUCCUUUUGGAACUUAGAAGAAUCAUGGCUGAUUUAAUGUCUCAAUUUCUAGAUGACAAAGAAGUCAGGAAACUAUUUUCAGAGAUAAAUACCCUGAUCCAGCAAUGGAAUGAGAAAUCAGAUGCCUAUUUUUCAGAAGGAUAUGUUUCAUCUCAUGAUUGGAUUUUGACAUCUUUCAAAGCGUUUUUGAAAACAGAAGAAAACUUGAGGAUUUCUGGUGAAAAGAAAAGGGUUCACCUCUUUCAUCUUGUAGAAGUCAUAGAAAAAAUUAUGUUUGAUUUCUCAUUUUCUAAAAACAAGUCUCUAAUUGAAAAUGCCUUGAAUAAUGCAAUUACGUGGAUAAAAAAUUUUACUGAGGGGGAGGAAUCUGCCACCAAUUUCUCACUUGCAGUUUCUGAACUUUAUAAUGAGCUACAAAAAGAUUUCCAGCCUCUUCAGAGUUUCUGGACAAAAAAGAGGGCAGAACUUUUCUGGCAUACCAUAGAAAUUGUAUUCCAUGAACUUGAUUCUAGGGUUUCUUUGCUGAGUCAAGUAGAAGAGGAAGAGUUAAUUGAGACCUUAUGUAGAAUUUUAUCUUCUAUUACAGAAAAUAAAAUCUUUAAUAGAAGUAUGGCGUUGCUCAAAAAUACCCUGACCGAUUGGCCAGAGUUAAAUAUUACUGCUUUGGACCACUUAAAGCAUUUAAGUGGACACUUCCAAAUAAAUCUCUGUGAAGUUAGAUCUUUGUCUGGUGAUCAUGUCAAUGUGUCAUUUAGCACAAUUCCUGGAGUGAGUAAUACCUCUUUAUUUCUCUCAAAUGCAACUUUUAUGUAUAAGGUGCAAGAAUUAGGAGAAAUUGUGCAUGAUUUCCUCAGAAAUAUCCAAAAUUUAAAUGAUACUAGUGUGGCCUCAUUUGUACCAAACAUUUUCUCUCUGUACCAGAAUUAUGAUCUGAUUUUAGAUAUUAAAAGCAAUAACACUCUGUUAAAACUUCUUUAUGAGACUUCAAAAAGUAUGUCAUCUUCUCAAGUAUGGCAUGAUUUGCAAAAUAAGGAAAUAGUUUUUGACUUUCUUUUUGAAACUUUCAAUCUUCUCUGGAACCUCACCAGUAAGUCCCUCUGUGAAAAGUUACUAUUAAUUUAUAACUACACAGUGUUUCAGGCAGAGUUCCUUGUACAGAAUGGAAAAGAAGAUAUACAAGUUGUUUAUGACACUCUAAGCAGCCUUAAAACUUUAUUUAUAGAUGAAGAGCUCCAAACAGCUGCCUUAUGUUAUUUGGAAGAAUUUUUUGAUCUGUCUCCAGAAUGCCUGGUAAAUAAUGUGUGUGCUGAUUUUUAUCUAGAAAAUAUGAGUUCUGAACAACAUUCAGCAGAGAUUUAUAACUUAUUUCUGCUUCCAUUGAACAGUGUCCUGUCUAAUGUAAUAAACUGGGGAGAUAAGAUAAGUGUGCCUUCUGCUUUGCACUGCACUUUUACAUGGCUUCAAACGUGGACAGAGAUUUUUGAAGAAGCAUCAGAAAUCUUAAAUUUGAAUUCAACUUGUUUUGUCUGCCUAAGAGAUGAUUUGACAUAUCUCUCUGAAAACAUUUUAAACAUAACUCAAGAUGAACUGUGCAAUAAUACAGCUAUGGCUAUUGUUGAAGCUACAGGAACAGCAAUGAAGCUAUUAAAAUUUCUAUUUCAGGAACAUGGCAAUUUAAAUGACUUGAAAGAUUUUGAGGCUUUCCUUGUUAAUCUUCAAAGGGUAAUUAACAAUGCAUUUGAUGUCACAAACUUGCUUAAAGAUAGGAGUUUAGAAAGUGUUUUAGAGACAAUGGGAGUUGCAAUAACUAAAAUGCAGAAAUCCAUACUGAAAAUUGUUAAUGAAGAGUUUUUGAAUUUAUGGCUUGAUGCUUUCAUUUCAGGAGGUUCUGAAGGAGAAGAUAAGGGUGUUAGUGUAUUUUCCAUUGGAAAUUCCCUUUCUACUGUUCUUAAGCUCUCCCAAAAGGAACUUGAAAUUAUGGUCACUGAGAUAAAUGAUACAUCUGCUUUUUUAAAAAGUGUACUUCAGGACAAAUAUGUGGUUUGCAUCAGCAUUUUCCAGAAUAUUACCAAACUAAUUUUGGAUAAUACUCUGAAAGACGUAGGCUACUUGCAAACAAAUUUUUCAUCUCAUCUUAACUUCUUUCUAAACUUUCACAGUACAAUGGAUGAAGCAGAGGAUUGUAACACAUGGAUACAUGGAUUAAGUAAUCUCAUUGAAAAAUACAAGUCACCUUCCCACCUUGAAAGUGCAAAACAUAUUUUAAUUCUUCUGCAGUCUCUGGGAAAUGCUGAGACAGAUGCUAAGCUAAUGAAUGUGAUGGACUUUGUUAAAUUUGUUUUUAAUUUGAUACUCCCUGAAUGUUCCCUAGGUGGUUCUGAUGUGAUUUGUGUAAGUGUUUAUUUCAAUAUCAUAGCAAAAACUUUGAAAUUUAUUCUCCCUGAAUUUUAUGUGAAAGAUGUCAUUAAUGUGCUUGAACUUAUUUUUAGACUUUUAAAUAAUUCUGGAGAGCAAAUACAAACUAUUGUCAGUGAUUUGUUUGGGAGUUCAUUGUAUAUGUCAAAUAAGACCCAUUUUAGUCAGUCAACCCGUGGUUUUAACAGGACUUCAAGAAUGCUCCUUAAUCCUUUUCACCACAUUCAUCUUAUAUCAGCGGAACUUUUGUUAGAAAUUCAAAGUCUUCUGAAAAAUGAGACUUUUGAAGUCCAAGAAAACAGCUCCUCUCAUUUGGACAAGGAGAUUGAACCUUUCUUGCAUGGGAAAAAUAUCAGUUUGCUGAUGGAAUUCUUUCAAUAUAUGAUUAGAAAACUUGACUCAAACUUGCAGAAUGAACACAAAACAUUUCCUCAGAAACUGAUAGAAACAGCAGGUCUGAAUAUUGAACUGGUAAGGAAGGUACUUGAAAUUUUCAAGACUCCUACUUUUACUGUCUUUCCAUUAAGAGAUGAAAAGGAGUUUCUAAAGCAUAUGGUUGCCUUGGUGCAAAAUGUGAGAAAAAUGGAUGUUGAGUUUUUGAUAAGUAGAUUCAAACAGGUCCAGGAGAACCUAGAAAAUUUAUUUAAAAAUAUCAAAUAUUUUUCUCUUGCGAACUCUGAGUUAGGUACUUUAAUAGACUGGUGGGAUAUACUUGAGAACGUAUCAUGUUACUGGAACCUGACUGCUGUACAGCAAAUAACACAGCUUUUUGAACAAGAUGAGCUCUACAAUACUGAAGAUGUGUUCAACAUCCUCUUUGAUGUCAUCAGCCUUACAGAAAGACUGGCUCAUGGAAACAUUACAGAAGCACUUACUGAAAUAUACGCUUUCAUAGUGACUCAGGAAGAAAAAAUGCCUCUGUUUACUGAUGAGGAGUUCUCAACCCAAAUAGAUAGUCUUCUAACAUUGCUGGAGACAUUGGCAGACAUCUCUGAUGAAUCUGGAGAGGCCUCUGUUUGUUUUUCUGCAGCAUUCUGCUGGACUCUCACAACAGCAACACCUCAGAAUGAUCCCACUGUUAAACCUUGUGACUUUGUGCAUACCAAUUCUACUCUUCAUUAUAAUUCAGUCAUUCAAAUCAUUAAGGAGCUUAAACUCAUCACUCUGGAUGACAGUUUUGCUUGCUUUAUGGAGGACAUUCAGAUGGAUAUCACUCGCAAUCUGACUUGCUUUUUUCAUCAGAUCAAAGAAUGGAACUCUAUAAUUUUGAAGUUUUCUGAGCUCCAUCAUACAAAUAGCUCAGUUCUCAAAGAGCUGCUAGAUUUUUGGAAUAAGCUAUCCCUUUAUGCUGUGCCACUGCAGGUGAAUAAUACGCACGCAAUCAAUUGUUCCUCCACACCUAAGAGCCGAAUGGCUUUACAAAUUAUAGAAACUCUGGACAGCAUUUUGGCAUCGGAUGUGGAGAUGGCCAAAAGUCUUCUUGAACAGCUGGAUAAUCUUUAUGGUGGCCUAACUUGGAACAGAGAGUCAAGAACAUCAUUUGAGAGUGUUCUUACUAACGUGAAGGAUAUGACCAGUGAAGUUUCUAGACUCCUGAAUACUGAAGCUGUCCUUUCUUUUCUUUCUGUAAUUCAGCCUUUAAUGUCACUGUCAUCUAUUGGAAACCAGACACACUCAAUGCUUAUGACAAUAUCAGCUUUAAGUGGGAGUAUCAAUAUAGCUAACAACUUUGAGAAUUUAUGGUUUCCUGUAGUUUCAAGCAAAGAAAAUUUAUUGGUGAAUUUUAGUGUUAGACACUUACUUGUGGUGAUAGAUCAGGAGUUUCAAUUACUAAAGUUUGCCACUGGACAGUCCUCUUCAGUGGCUUCUGAUGUUUUACUAGAGCAGUUUAAGACAUCAUCUGUAGAUGCUAUAUCAAGAAAUUUUGAAGAUAUACAAGACAUGGUGAAGAGCGUUCUAUGUGACUGUAACAAUAAAAAUUAUUCUAAAAUAAUGCAUACUCUAAUUCUCCUUAUGACUAAUGAAAGUUCAUCAAAUGACCUACUGCUGGCUGUCAAAGAUGUUAUUGCCUUUCUGGAGCUAUUCCAAAAUAAGUCUAAGAAGGACUACACUGGUAUAUUGUUUGGUGAUAGUCAUUUUAGCAGAGCAAAAUUGAAUAAUACUCAUGCUGCUUUUUCAGUUUUGCCUAACAGCCUCCUUCAUAUAAUUGCUGAUAUUGAUCUUGUAGAAGAAGCUAUGCGUACAAACAAUACUAAGCUUCAUAAAGUUGACUUCAUUGAUUCAUUUUUUUAUAAUGUACCAUAUAGAGACAUUUCUACUCAGUCUCAAAGUAGAAGUCUGGAGAUCAUACAAGAGAUUUUGCAAAUAAUAUUUCAGUCUACUGCAGAACGUGACAGGAAUAAAAUAAAACUCUUAUUAAUGAAUUUGCAUAAGGAUGUAAUGGCAAAACUAAGUUGUGUUCUUCAGGAUGUUAGAAGAUACUUGCCUGCUUUCAACAAGGGGGAUUGUGAGAGUAUGGUACAUAUAAACCAAAAACUUUCCAAUGUUUUGGAGAACCUCAUGGAAGCCUUGCAGAAUACCAACACUGACAACUGUCAAUGCCAGCUAAUGAUGGGGAACAUUCAGAGACAACUGCAAAUGGUGACUGAAAAUCUGGAGCUACAAUUGUUGGAAAAUCCAGCAGCACCUUUCUUCAGCAAUUUUAAUCUUGUGAAUGUACUAUUUUUUCCUCUUCCAGAUGUGAAAAUCAAAGAUUUUGUGCAGAAUAUCACUCAGUUAAGGCUGGACAUUGGUUCUUCUGUCAAUAUUUCUGAAGAAACUGUCAAUACCCUCUUAGAAGUCAGAGUCUCUUAUUCAGAGGUUCUUUACAGUGCCUUUGCAGUAGCUUUAACUGGAAGAUGUGAUGAAGAAGUACUUAGCCUGGUGCUAAAGCUGCCUGAAAACAAUAGAACUUCCCUGGUAGUGGAAGAAUUAUGUUCUUUAUCAGCACUGGACUUUUAUACCAUGUUUGUAUUGAUUAUACAAAAUUUCAAUGUACGUCACAUCAUUUACAAGGUUCAGAUACCACCUGAGAUUGGCAAUAUCUUAAAUAUGCUACUGGAUGUGGUUUCUAGUAUCAGUUCACUUCUCAAUAAGGUCCACCAUGUCAUGGAAAAGCUUCCAGUGUUCCUUCAAGGAAUUCAAAAUACUGGUGUGCUUGACAUCUCCGCAUUGCAGCAGUUUUUGCAGGGUGGGCAGUUCAGAAGUUCAGCUGUUGGAUCCCUAGAGUCUGUAAUCAAGGCAGUAUGUAAAGAAGAAUCUUCAUUUUUCAGCAAUGCAAACCUGUUCAUAGAUAUGCCCAGAACCAUGGAACUUUUGGAGGACAAUAUGGCAAAAUAUGGCAUUCCUGAAGACUCAACUCCUUUUUGCUUGAAGCUUUAUCAGGAGAUUUUGCAGGCUCCUAAUGGGGCUUUGCUAUGGACUUUCCUGAAACCUCUAUUACAUGGGAAAAUACUGUACAAUUCAAAGAUCAGCAUGAUUGACCUGGUGAUGGAGAAGGCUAAUUUCACUUUUGUUUUUUUGGAAAACUUGAAGUCUUAUUCUGAGACAUGGCUUAGGAUGUCUGAGGUUUUUAAAACCAGUGGAAAUAUUCUCACAGUCUCACGACUGCAGGAAGUUCUGAAAAACAAUUUUGUAAAGCAUUUCAUAGAAAGUAAUUUGGACAUCAACAUGGAAAAACUCCUUAAAAAAAUGCAAGCUUAUGAAACCAUGAUGAACAAGAUGCUUAACAGCUCAGCAAGUAAACAAAUUGACCUGUUGACACAGCUUGUUGUAAAUGUCUCUUCCUGUGUGCUGCUGGACCGUUUCCAGCCUUUUGACUCUAUAGAGAAAUUGGAGGAGAAGGCUUAUGAACUCAUGCAGGAAAAUAAUCUUUUGGCUAGUAUCAUCUUCAAUACACCAGAGGACAAGAAACAAGAUUCUAGCAAUCUCCUUCCAAGACGCAUUUCAUAUACAAUUAGAACCAGUGUUCUCUACAGCAUGAGAACAGAUUUGAUAAAAAACCCAACAUGGAAAUCCCAUCCCCACAAAUUGCCAGCAGAUGGGUUUAAAUACAACCAUGUCUUCAUUCCUCUUCAAGACAUGAUUGAAGGGGCAAUUAUUUCAGCACAGACUGGGAUAAACACCCCAGAGACAGCAAUUCAGGUGCAAGCCAUGCCUUACCCUUGUCAUACCAGUGAUCUAUUCUUGAACAACAUAGGAUUUUUUUUUCCACUUAUGAUGAUGUUAACAUGGGUGGUUUCAGUUGCUGCUAUGGUUCGCAAGCUGGUUUUUGAAAGAGAAAUUAAUCUUGAAGAGUAUAUGAAGACAAUGGGUGUGUAUCCAGUCAUUCAUUUCUUUGCUUGGUUUUUGGAGAAUGUCAUUGUGCUCACAGUAAGCAGCUGUGCUCUGGCCAUCAUUUUAAAAGCAAGUGGUAUCUUUGUCUAUAGCAAUGGCUUCCUUAUCUUCCUUUUUCUCCUGGAAUUUGGAGUUACAAUUAUCAUGUUAAGCUAUUUUUUGGGAGCAUUUUUCAGCAGUGCUAAUACAGCAGCUCUGUGUUCCAGCCUUGUCUAUAUGACCAGCUUUUUACCCUACAUAGUUUUGUUGGUCUUGCAGAACCAGCUGAGUUUUACCAACCAGAUUACAAUGUGUCUUCUUUCUACAACCGCCUUUGGGCAAGGAAUAUUUUUCAUUACGCAUUUUGAGGGCCAAGAAAUAGGAAUUCAGUGGGAUAAUGUGCACCAGUCAAUGGCACAAGGAGGAUACAUGACUUUUGGAUGGACGUGCUGGAUGAUGUUCUUUGACUCCAUUUUAUAUUUUGUAGGUGGCUGGUAUUUCAGCAAUAUUAUUCCUGGAAAAUUUGGAUUAAAGAACCAGUGGUACUUUCCCUUUACUGUUUCCUACUGGAAGAACCUGUGUGGUACAGAGAGAAGCAAGAGGCAUUAUCUGAAUUCUAAUAUGUUUUUCUUCAAUGAAAACUUCCAAGAAAAAGACCAGGGAAGAAAACCUCAGAGUUGGAAAGUCCCUUGCACUGAAGGAGGUACCAUUGGUGUUGUGCUGCUGUCUCUUACCAAAGAGCAUGUGGAUGGUCAGAAGGCUGCUGUUAAAGAUCUCAACCUCACUUUCCAUAAGGGCCAGAUAACAGCACUCUUGGGACCUAAUGGAGCUGGAAAGUCAACAGUUAUAUCCUUGUUGACUGGUCUGUAUCCGCCGAGCUCUGGUACCAUUAUUGUUGAUGGGAAGGAUAUACGGACUGAGCUGGCUGCCAUCAGGACAGAGCUGGGUGUUUGCCUCCAGUAUGAUGUCCUAUUCAACACACUGACUGUGCGAGAACAUCUCCUGCUUUAUGGGUCAGUGAAGGCACCUAGGUGGACAAAAGAACAGUUGAAUGAGCAAGUCAGUGGAGCUCUGGAAGAUGUGGGUUUAUCCCAACAUCAGCACGAACCUGUUGGAACCCUUUCUGGGGGAAUGAAAAGGAGGCUGUCAGUUGCCAUUUCCUUUAUUGGAAACUCAAAGACAGUUGUCCUGGAUGAGCCCACCACCGGAGUAGACCCAUGUUCUCGCCGUAGUAUCUGGGAUGUUAUUCUGAAGUACAAAGCCGGUUGCACACUCAUCUUUACCACUCACCAUCUUGAUGAGGCUGAGGUGCUCAGUGAUCACAUUGCCAUUCUGCAACAUGGUCAUCUGAGGUGCUGUGGCUCUCCCUCUUGUCUGAGGGAGACAUAUGGCCAGGGACACAGUCUAACAUUCAUAAAAAAGCCCUCUGUGUUUGAAAUCAAAGACACUGCUCAGGUCACAUCUCUGGUACAGAACUAUAUUCCAGAAGCCUUCUUGAAAGAGAACAGUGGGACUGAGCUGACCUAUGUGAUCCCAGAAAGGGCAGAUAAGACUGCUUUUAAAGGUCUUUUUCAAGCUUUAGAUCAAAGCCUUCAGUAUCUACAUGUGACUGGCUAUGGUAUUUCUGACACAACCUUGGAAGAGGUACUUGUAAUUUUCCUGUCUAAUGUCAUUUUUUUGGUUUUUCUGAAGCUGCUUCAGGACUCUGAGAAGAUGGCCUGUGUUCCAGAGGCAGCACACCUGGACCAUACAAAUGCUGCUGAAUCAGUCUGCAUUUCACUUGCGGGAGCCUCGAGUGUGCAUGGAGCCCACCUUGUUCUCACACAGAUUGUUGCCCUACUAAUGAAGAGGUUUCACCAUACAAGGCGAGACUGGAGAGGAAGCCUAUCAAGUGUGCUGCUGCCCGUCCUCUUUGUUGCACUGUCAAUGGCCUUGUUUAGUGUGAAGCCACUGGCUAUUGAUUAUCCCUCUCUCAAGCUGACACCAAGACUUUACAACAAUGCAGAAUCCUUCUUUAGCACUGAAGAUGAUAACCUAGGAAAACUUUCUCAGGUUCUACUGGGAUAUUUCUCUGAUUGGGACCACACAUGCACACAUUCACAACAUGGAAAGAAUAAUUCAUGCUGGCAGAUGGAAUCACCUCAAGAUUCAUGCAGAUGUGUGUCUGAACAGGAGAUAUGCCCAAGUUUCAAUACCUCUGCUCCCUACGUAAAGAAUAAGAAAGGACAUAUUUUGUAUAAUCUUUCAGGGUUCCCUGUGGAAGAGUAUUUAGUGAGGUCUUCCAGCAAAACAAGAUAUGGUGGUUGGUCUUUUGGACGGAUGAAAGCAUUUGAACUUCCAGAUAAAAAAUUGAAUAACACCAAAUCUCAGCCUCUGGCUAAGGUGUGGUAUAACCAAAAAGGUUUCCAUUCACUGCCAUCCUACUUAAAUGAACUCAAUAACUUAAUUCUGUGGCUGAAUUUACCUUCUAAUGUGGAUUGGAGACAGUAUGGGAUAACACUCUAUAGCCAACCAUAUGGAGGAGCCUUGUUGGAUGAGGAUAAAAUAAUGGAGAAUGUUCGUCAAUGUGGGGUAGCACUGUGUAUCAUGCUGGGUUUCUCUAUCCUUACUGCAUCCAUUGGAACUGCCAUAGUCAAAGACAGAGUAUCUGGGAUGAAACGCUUGCAACACAUCACAGGCCUUGGUUACAAAACUUACUGGCUUGGUAACUUCUGCUAUGAUAUGGUGUUUUACAUGGUUCCAGUGACUCUGUGUAUUGGUAUUAUUAGUGCCUUCCAGCUAUCAGCCUUCACUUUCCAAAAGAACUUGGCAGCCACUGUUCUCCUGCUGAUACUCUAUGGAUAUGCAACUUUACCUUGGAUGUAUCUUGCAUCAAGAUUCUUCUCAAGUUCAGAUGUAGCUUUUAUUUCUUACAUCUCCUUAAAUUUUGUGUUUGGCCUGUGUACCAUGCUGGUGACUCUCUUACCUCGCUUGUUAGCUAUAAUUUCCAAAGUGCAGAGUUUUCAAAGCAUCUACAAUAUCCUCAAAUGGGCAUUCAUCAUAUUCCCACAAUUCUGCCUAGGCCAGGGUUUAAUAGAGCUUUCAUACAAUCAGAUCAAAUUUGACCUGACCAGGAACUUUGGAAUAGAUUCUUACGUGAGCCCCUUUGAGAUGGAUUUCCUGGGUUGGAUUUUUGUGGAAAUGUCCCUUCAGGGAACACUACUACUUCUUUUACGCCUUUUCCUUCAUUGGGAUCUCCUCUGGAAAACAAGAGGUCAUUGCUCAGUUAACAGCAUGGACGGAAUGGAGAGCCCUUCAGAAGAUGCUGAUGUAGAAAUGGAACGACAGAGACUCUUCAGUGGAAGAACUGGUAAUGAUGUCCUACUUCUGUACAACCUCAGGAAGUGUUAUGGAGGUUUCAGUAAGAAGAACACAGCUGUGGAAAACAUAAGCUUGGGCAUAUCAAGAGGAGAGUGUUUUGGACUCCUGGGAACAAAUGGAGCUGGGAAAAGCACAACAUUUAAGAUGCUGACUGGAGAUAUAAUCCCAUCUGCAGGACGGGCUGUAAUCAGGACUCCUACUGGGUCUGAAAUUGAUAUACUCUCAGCUAGCUCUGAAAGUAUUAUUGGAUAUUGUCCACAGCAAGAUGCUCUGGAUGAACUUUUAACAGGCUGGGAGCAUCUUUAUUAUUACUGCACACUGCGUGGAAUUCCAAAGCAGGAUAUCCAUAAGGUUGCAGAGGACCUUGUUAACCGGUUACACCUCAAUGCCCAUGCUGACAAACUAGUGAGAACUUACAGUGCUGGCACAAAAAGGAAGCUCUCUACUGCUGUGGCUUUAGUUGGUAAACCCCAAAUACUUUUACUGGAUGAGCCCAGCUCUGGGAUGGAUCCCUGUUCUAAACGUUACUUUUGGAAAGCUGUCCUGAAGGAAGUGCAGGAUGGUUGUGCAGCUGUGCUGACAUCCCACAGUAUGGAAGAAUGUGAAGCUCUCUGCACAAGGCUUGCUAUUAUGGUCAAUGGAGUUUUCAAGUGUCUUGGCUCUCCCCAGCACAUUAAAAACAGGUUUGGAGAUGGUUAUUCUGUCAAGGUUUGGCUUAGCAAAGAAAUAAGUUAUGGAAGAAUGAUUUUGGACUGUCUACAACUGCAUUUCCCUGGAACACAGUUUAAGGGACAACAUCUUAACCUGCUCGAAUACCAUGUACCAAGAAGUCAGGGAUGUUUAGCAGAGCUAUUCAGAGUCCUAGAGAAUCACAAAGCUUUUCUCCAAACCAAACACUACUCCAUUAGCCAAUCCACGUUAGAGCAGGUAUUCAUUAACUUUGUGACACAGCAACAAGAAGUAUGGCGUUCUUCACAAGGAUCUUCUGUUGUCCAUCAUGAUCGUUUCCCAGUCUAGGCUCAGAACAGGAUACAGCUUCAACAUAA